GGGAUGGGCGCACGUUGGCAGUCAUGCAGGGUGCGUUACCGUCGAUAGAACGCGGAUCCGUUCGGACGAUCAGUUGCUCUCCGACUGCCGUGGUGGAAUGUCGUCGGUCGAGGAACGCUCGGGUCGAUGAGGAAGAACGCGAUCGCAAGAAGGUUCGUUUAGACUCUCGCAGGAAGGAGAAGCGCGGAAAGUCGGUCGAGUGUCGAGUGUUUCGAACGAAUGGGUUCGAUCUUUCAGUGACGUCGAAUUGGUUUUUAUCGUCGACAGUAGUCAGCGUCGUAUCAUCCGUUCUCGAGCGCGUCCUUAUCGGGGGGGGGCGAGUAUGCGCGCGUGACGGUAUCGGGAUCGAGAAAAGUGCCACUCUCCGACGUAUCGCGUGCCCCCCAACGUAACGUAGAAAGAGAAUUGUCAUCCGGUGGCGAGAACUUCGCUACGCAUCGAUGGAUACGACGUUGGUACGUUCGGUGCUCGGCUUGGGCCUUUUGUGUUGGCUCCUGCCGGACGAGCGUUCGAUCCUCUUGGUGGACGGUAGGAGCAUCACCAGUCUGGAGGCGCCGACAGGCUGCGAAUGGCGCAGAGAGGAGAACGACGAGGAAGCGGACGAGGAGGAGAGAACGUUGGCUUGCAAAGUGAGAACGAUCGCUAACGUGGCCGGUCUCAUAGGCAACCUCUCGACCAUUCAAGUCGACUCGAUAACCUCCUUGGGAUUGGAAUGCAGCGACGUUCUCUUCUUCGAGAGCCAGCUCGAGGGUCCCCACGGUUUCCUUUCGCCUCUACCGAGAUUGGAGAAGCUCCGCGUCGACCACUGCAAGAUUCGCUAUUUACCGGCCGGGGCCUUCGCCUCGGCGCAAAACCUCCGGGGCCUCUCGGUGCGUACCCACAACGGCGACUGGUCGGCUAUGACCUUGGAGCUCGACCGAGACUCCCUCCUAGGGCUGGCCGAGCUCGAGGAGCUCGAUCUCGGCGACAACAACCUUUGGACGCUACCCUUGGAUCUCUUCUGUCCCGUGGCGAGUCUCUCGAGACUGAACCUGACGCGCAACAAGUUACAGGACGCCACGUCUCUCGGUUUCUCCGAUCGCCUACGCUCGUGUACGCCGAAUCUCGAGAGUCUGGAUUUGAGCGGCAACGAUCUCGGCGCGCUGCCCGACCGCACGCUCGCCGGUUUGCGCUCCUUGACCGUUCUCAAGUUGCAGGAGAACGCGAUAGCCGCCGUGGGCGAUCACGCGUUGGCCGGUCUCGCUAAUCUCAGAUCGUUGAACGUGUCGAGCAACAGGCUCGUCGCGCUCCCGCCGGAAUUGUUCGCGAAAACGAAGGAGUUGCGGGAGCUCGUGCUGAGCAACAACUCGUUGGCGGUGCUCGCGCCGGGUCUCUUGGACGCGCUCGAGGAGCUGCAGGUCCUCGAUCUGAGCGGGAACGAGUUGACGAGUCGUUGGGUGAACCGCGACACCUUCUCCCGGCUCGGUCGCCUGCUCGUGCUCGACCUCUCCUACAACGGCUUGACGAAGAUCGACUCGCGCGUCUUCGAGGGACUCUACAGCCUUCAGAUAUUGAAGCUCGAGCGCAACGAGAUCGACACGCUCCUCGACGGCUGCUUCGCCUCGCUCGCGAAUCUUCACACGCUGACGCUCUCGCACAACAAGAUCGCCCGAUUCGAGCCCAGCCACGCGCACGGCCUCACCGCUUUGGAGCAGCUCUUCUUGGACGGCAACAGGCUUCGGGCCUUGCACCGCCGCGUGUUCGCCAAUCUCACCGAGCUCAAGGACUUGUCCCUCAGCGGCAACUCCUUGACGGAGGUGCCCUACGCGGUCCGCGUGCUGCGCUCCUUGAAGACGCUGGACCUCGGCAACAAUCACGUCUCCAGGAUCGACAACGAGUCCUUCGUCGGACUGAACGAGCUCUACGGCUUGCGCUUGGUCGACAACAAACUGGAGAACGUCUCUCGCGAGGCGUUCUCGACGUUACCGGCGCUGCAGGUGCUCAAUCUCGCCAACAAUUACAUUCGCCACGUCGAGCAGAGCGCCUUCGCUAAGAAUCCGGUCCUCCGGGCCAUACGCCUCGACGGCAAUCGAUUGACGGAGAUACGCGGCGCCUUCACCAGCCUCUCCACCUUGGUCUGGCUCAACGUCUCGGACAACAAGCUGCUCUGGUUCGACUACAGUUAUCUGCCGUCGAGCAUAGAGUGGCUCGACAUACACGCCAAUCAGAUAAGCGAGCUCGGCAAUUACUACAUGGUGCGCAACGCUCUCAACAUAAAGAUGCUCGACGCAAGCUUCAACCUCGUCACCGAAAUCUCCGAGGCGAACGUCCCCGACAGCGUGGAGACCCUGUUCCUCAACAACAAUCGAAUACGCACGGUCGCGGCCGGGACCUUUCUGCGAAAGACCAAUCUGCAGAAGGUCGUGCUGUACGGGAACGAGAUAAGGAACGUCGAGGUGGCCGCGCUGAGCCUCCAGCCGGUCCCGGAGGACAGGGACGUGCCGAUCUUCUACAUAGGGAACAAUCCCAUACUCUGCGACUGCACGAUGGAGUGGCUGCCGCGGAUAAACGAGCUCGCCCGGCUCCGUCAGCAUCCUCGGGUGCUCGAUCUCGAUUCCGUCAGCUGCGAGAUGGUGCACGCGCGCGCGACGCCCCGCAGGCCGCUCCUCUCGUUGAGAUCGAAGGACUUUCUCUGCCGAUACGAGGCCCACUGCUUCGCCCUCUGCCACUGCUGCGACUUCGACGCGUGCGACUGCGAGAUGACGUGCCCGGACAACUGCUCCUGCUAUCACGACCACAGCUGGUCGAGCAACGUGGUCGACUGUUCGAACGCCGGCUACAAGCGCGUACCCGAGCGCAUCCCGAUGGACGCGACCGAGAUCUAUCUCGACGGGAACGAGCUCGGCGAUCUCGGCAGCCACGUGUUCAUAGGGAAACGUCGCUUGGAGGUGUUGUAUCUGAACAACAGCGGGAUCGCGGCCAUUCACAAUCGCACGUUCAACGGCGUCGGUGCGCUGCGGGUCCUCCAUCUCGAGGACAACUCGUUGCGCGAGCUGCGCGGCUUCGAGUUCGAUCAGCUGGAACGCAUGUCCGAGCUCUACCUCGAUCACAACGCGAUCGCCACCGUGGGCAACUCCACCUUCAAGCGGAUGAAGAACCUCGAGGUUUUGCGCUUGGACGGGAACCGAAUCGUCGACUUUCGCCCGUGGGAGGCCCUGCCGAGCGUCGGCGACGGGACCAAGGUGGCACUCGAGGGCAACGCCUGGAGCUGCGAGUGCGCCAACGCGGCGAGACUCCGGAGCUGGCUGGCCGAGCACCGCGGCGACCCCGAGAAGAUGUACUGUCGCGACGGCGUCGAGACGUUGGCCCAAGCUAUGAAGAGAUGCGGCGACCCCUCGACCGAAGCGGUCAGCCGCGGCAUUCAAGAGAUCCCUCUGCUGGGUGGCAAUUUCGUGCCGCUCCUGGCGGGUGCCCUGGUGGCCGUGAUAGCCGUCUGCCUGUUCGUCGCCUUGGCCUUCGCCUUUCGCCAAGACGUCAGGCUCUGGGCGCACGCUCGCUACGGGCUCAGGCUCGGCAAGAUGCCCAGCGGGCCGGACGACGAGCGCGACCGGCUCUACGACGGUUACGUCGUUUACAGCGAGCGAGACGAGGACUUCGUCUCGCGAUUCCUCGCCGCCGAGCUCGAGGCUUCCGGCUUGACCCUGUGCCUCCACUGGCGCGACCUCCCGCCCUCGAGGACGCAGGAGACCGUGCCGUCCGCGGCCGCCGCCGCCCGACGUCUCCUCGUCGUCCUCUCGCCGGUGUUCCUCGCGAACGAGUGGCAACGCGUCGAGUUCCGCGCGGCCCUGCGUACGGCCCUAGAGAACGUCAGGCCGAGCUCGAGGAAGAGCCGCGUGGUCGUUCUACUCGCCGCCGAGGCGCCCGCUCGCGAUCCCGAACUUCAGCUACUCCUCGGCAGCUGCACCGUCGUCGUAUGGGGAGAGAAGAGGUUCUGGGAGAAGCUCAAGUUCGCCAUGCCCGAUUCUUUGGACAAGAGGCGCCGCGACGCCGGCAAGAGGUCGAGCGACCGUAAGAACCGCGUGCCCGCGAGAUACACGCCGGCUCCGACCUCGGCGGCCGUCGACGUCUGGAGCAACGCCAAUGGCAAGCCUAAUGGGGUCCUCCUCGCGCCGGUACACGCACCCACGCCGACGCCCACGCAAUCGACCUACGUCAGCUCGGCCUCGAGCAGGACCGAGGACGAGGACAGCGGUGCCGAGCAUCAGAACAACCAUCACCACCACCAUCAUCAUCAUCAACAUCAGCACUCGUCUGCCCCGACCAACGGCAGACCUACCAGCGUCUCCUCGAGAGGCAGCCAUCUUUACAGUACCAUACCGGAACCCCCGGUCGUCGUGGUGCCGUCCGCGCCACCCGGCGAUACCUCCACCAAUCCGCGUACUUACUUCGUCUAGUACGAGGGCUCGACGAUUAUCGCGACGACGAGAGCUAUCUUUCCUUUCUCUCGCUCUUCCACUACGACGAUCCCUGCUCUACGACCGGGCUAUCGCCGAGGAGGAUGGAUCGCGCUGGAUCCGCGCCAAAUCUCCCUACCUUCGCAUCCUAACUCGUCGACCACUUGUGCCCUUUUCCUUGCAAGGGUGACGAUACUUUAGCUUCCUUUCGUAACUUUCCCGACCCGGUCGGACCGGCUUCGUUCUCUCCCUCCCUCCCUUCCUUCCUCUCUUCGGUUUCGCGCUUGGCGGAUCGGCGAACGCAUUUAUUUAUUUUUUAUUUUUUCAUCUUUCUUUUUUUAUGUUUUUUCUCCAUCUUCUCUCUUUCUUUCUCCUUUCCCUUUGUGCGGCCAACGCGAGGAUAUUUAUUUUCCGAUAGAAUCGUCGGACGAUCCACGCAGAAUCUCGACGGAAUUUAGUUCGAGGUAGAAACGCGAGGAUUCGAAUCGACGCCGCCUUUUUGUGUCACUGCCCCGCGAGAGAUCGUUCGCAAGUCGUAUGGGAAAUCUCUUUCGUAAAAUCGAUUCGAUGCUCGUUCGGGUCUCGUAAGUCUCGCCAGGAAUUAUUUCCGUCCGGUGUGCGUUAUCGAACGGAAAUGUGAUUACUACGUCGUCCGAUAGUCGAGUUUCUACGGAAAAACUCGACGAAGGAUCGUCUCGUUCUUAUUUUCUUUACUUAUUCGUUGGACCGGCUGUCGUUGUGCUCUACUCAGUUGCUUUUCUUUUCUUUCGCCCUUCGAAAAAUAGAGAGAGAGAGAGAGAGAGAAAGAUAUGUAAACGCGUGAACGAUAUUUCUGUUUCUAUCAUCUUUACGUUCGUCGAUCAGUGAUAAAUUGCAAGCAAGCGACAAACGAACAGAACAAGGUUAUUGUAUUUCGUAAGAUUAGUAUAGUGUAAAAGUGAAAGAGAAAAUAUGACGAAAUUUAGGAAAAAGGAUAAAAGACGGCAGAAACUUGGCGAGAACGUCGUUCCUAAGAUUCACGACCGUUCACGGUGACACGGAUGCGACGGUCGCAUAACGCUUAUUAGUACGUAAGUCGAAUUCUCUUGUAAAUAGUGUAUCUAAUUUUGUAAAUAUUCAGACGCACACUUUCGAGCACACGUACACACACGCGCGGACACACAGUCACACACACACACACACACACACACAGCAGACGCAUACACGCAUAUACGCGACACAUCGACGCGGCCAGCACUUUGUAUUUUAAGCUGACCGUGCAUCGCGAUACGUCUCCUUUUUAGGUUGUAUAUCGAUUUGCGUUAUAAAUACGAAUAUAAAUAUAAAUAUAUAAAUAUAAAUAUAUAUAUAUAUAUAUUGAACUAAUGUAAUAUCAAUUGUACUGUACUGUUGUAAAUAACGCUCAUCGAAUCACGUAUCGUGUAUUUGCAGUCUGUAAAAUGAGUAUUAAAUUAAUUGUCACUUUCCAUUUCAGCAAAAGAAUCAUGAGAAAUAAAGACGUUUGUUUUAUAAACGAGUUUUACCAUGAUUAGCAUGUUCCGCGAAUCGAAUUAGUAUAUAUUUAAGUAGACACAUGGAACGAAGGAAACGACUCAAUUUACUUUCAAAGCUACUUAAAAUUCGUCGGAGGGUUGCCUUCUUAGAUAGUACGUUAGACCGGGAUGGUUGGACCGAAGGUUACGGUUCUUCGUCGGUUCUACGGUUCGUCGGUA